AUGGGUACCUUUCAAGUCGAAACCACUGUCAAUGCUCCCGUGUCCGAAGUCUGGGAUCGUUUGGCCGGUGACAUUGGAUCCAUCGCUGAGUGGAACCCGGGCGUCAAAGAUUCGUAUACCCUCGAAGGUGCCAAGAAGACCGGCCUUGGAGCUCAGCGUCAUUGUAAUCUUGGAGGCGGAAACCACUUAGAGGAGGACGUCGUCAAGUUUGAAGAAGAACAAGCUAUCACUUUUCGUAUCACCAAGAGCAACAUGCCAUUCGCAAGGGCAGAUAUCCGUUUCACUCUCAGCCCAACGACGAUUCCAUCCAGUGGAUUGGCUGCCACCAAAGUUACGUGUUCUCCUGACUACAAGCUCAAGUAUGGGUGCAUUGGAGACUUUUUGGACAUGAUCAUGGUCAAGAGCACCUACAAGAAUGGAAUGAAGAAUCUUUUGGCUGGUCUCAAGAAGGAUGUUGAGGCUAACAGCUGA